GCAAAUCAGGAGACUUAUAUUUAGCCUUGCAAAUGGCGCACUAUGGAUUAUGUCUUCGGGCUCUCCGGUUUCGUCUUCAGUGCGUUUUGUAGCAUGAAGGGGGGCUGUGGAUCAUGAAGAGGCUGCUAUUCAGGUGAGGAGCAAGUCAACUUCAUGUUAUCGGAACCAGCUCUCUUUCCACUUAUCUCACUCUUUUCCCUGCUUGCUUUGCCUCCACUCUCUCAUACUCCAUCUGGGAGAAGAGUUUAUGGUCUCACAUACUUCCUCUGGAGGUGGAGGGCUAUUCAGAGAGUCCAAAAGACACCAAAGAAGACACACUUGAGCUGGAUUGACAGUUACGUUGCAGGGAGCUGCUUCCCAUAGCAGCAGAAGAGUGUAAUUGGACAGAUUACUUGACCAAACUACUGAGAUUUUGGAUUAAAAAGUAUCAUGGAUGUACUCGCUUUAGAGGCAAAGAAAGAGCCCGGAGCCGAAGUUGAAAAAAAGACUACAGCAAGGCCAAAACCGAAACCCCCCAAAAAGGCUAAAAGGAUUGUUUACUUUGAGGUGGAGAUCGUAGAUUUGAAGACUAAAGAGAAACUGCUGCUGCUGGACAAGGUGGAGCCAACUGCCACUAUUUUGGAUAUUAAAGCUUUGUUUCACAAAUCAUAUCCAAAGUGGUAUCCAGCCAGACAAUCCUUGCGUUUGGAUCCAAAGGCCAAGUGUCUCAGGGAUGAGGAUGUUCUGCAGACACUUCCCGUGGGAACCACGGCCAGCUUUUACUUCACUGACCUAGGACCCCAGCUCACAUGGGGAACCGUGUUCCUGUCAGAGUGUGUCGGCCCACUGAUCAUCUACUUAAUGUUCUACUUCCACCUUCCCUUCAUCUACUCUCCAAAAUACGACUUCACCAGCAGCAAACACUGGGUCGUACACUUGGCAUGCAUGUGUCACUCCUUCCACUACAUCAAGAGGAUUCUGGAGACAAUGUUUGUCCAUCGUAUCUCCCACGGCACCAUGCCUCUCAGAAACAUAUUUAAGAACUGUGGCUAUUACUGGUGCACUGCAGCUUGGAUGGCGUACUACAUUAACCACCCUCUGUACACCACACCCUAUUACGGGCAACAGCAGAUUAACACAGGACUUUACAUUUUCUUGUUCUGUCAGGUGGGGAAUUUUUCCAUCCACGUUGCCCUUCGUAACCUUAAACAACCAGGUUCAAAAACCAAGAAGAUUCCUUACCCGACAAAAAAUCCCUUCACAUGGAUGUUUUGGCUGGUCUCUUGUCCAAACUACACAUAUGAGCUGGGCUCCUGGAUCGGCUUCACAGUGAUGACCCAGUGUGUGCCUGUGGCUUUCUUUACUCUCGUGGCCUUCAUCCAGAUGGCUGUGUGGGCCAAAGGCAAACACCGCAGCUACUUAAAGGAGUUCAGAGAUUAUCCGACACUGCGCUCCUCUAUUCUCCCCUUCAUCCUGUAGAGCCCCACAGAAAAAAACAAGUCCCUACCCACACCCACCCCCUCACUGAUUGGCGCCCUCUUAAGGGCCCCUCCAUCCACUGGAUGUCAGGAAGUGUGUGCUGAGGUCAACAGCAUGGAUGGAUUUUGGUCAUAUGGACUACACGAAACACCCAUGUAACAUUAUUUCAAAACAAGGAGUGGUUGGACUGAUGAACGCAGGACUGGCAAAGGAAGCCAUCAGAGUUAAAUGCAGCAAAGUCUUAAUUUUAUGUUGUAUGUUAUUUUGAAGAGCAAGAAGAGGAAAAUGUAUUUUGCUACUUUGGUAAGUUAAUAUAUGUGUUUUAGAGUGCUGUUUAGAUUACAAAAAAACAAAAACAAAAAAAAUCUGUAGCUUUUGGCAACCUGAACAGGGAAGUUUCCCACAGCGCUGAAAAACUAAGAGGAUCAUCUGCAUUAUUUAAGUAGUAUGCAGCCUGGCGCUGACAACUUUGUGGCCUCAUGCAGUUCUCUACUGAUUUGACUGAUCCCAGUGACCUUUACACUGUAACACUGGUGUAGAGAUACUCAACUUGCUUUGCCACUUUUGCAAAAAUGACAGAAGGCCCAGGGCCAGACAAACAUUAAUAAUAUGUAUCAUUAAAUGAAUUGCCUGUUCUCAACCUUUCAACAUUUGCUGUCCUCACUCAUCUUUGCCAAGAGGCAAAUCCAUUCACAGCAGCCCCACAAAGGUCAGAGGUACAUUCAAUCUGCAACGGUGUGCAUGGUCUUGCUACGGUUUGAACAUGUUUUCUUGAAACACUGUGAAACGAUGUGUGACGGGCUUUGAGGUUAUGUUUUCUCCUGUUUGGUGGGUGCAUCAGAGGUGUACCCAAUCAGCACGGAUGUGCAUGUAAGCCAAAUAUAGGUAUAUUUUUAUUUAUUGUACAUUCAGUUUUUGUUUUUAUUUCACACUUGCUGUGGCAAUGUAAACAUAACUUUUCCCAAGCCAGUAAAGGCCCUUUGAAUUGAAUUAAAUGAAACUUUACUGUACUGAAAGGCAGCGCGCCUCUGUCACACAAUAGGGUGUUCAACACACCACCAUUUCUGUUUAAAUGUUUUACUAUGUUUUGUCAGGGCUGAGCGCAGCCCAGGUUUAGGUGUUUCUACAAUUUGAGAACAUCUGGGGGUCUGUCAAGGGGUCAGAGGGAUCCUCCCUGGCACUUUUUUUUUUAAUCGAAUAAGCUCUAUUUUUAUGCUUUUUAAAAAGCACUCUGACAAAUUUUUUACAUUCAAAGUACAAAAGAAAAUCCCAGUUUAAAAAAUUGGUUUUCACUGUAAAGUUGAACAAGGUCAGCAGGCCACACAGCACCCUAUUGUGGGCCAUAAAUUGAGUAUCACUGCACCUGUGGAUUAGAAAUUAUAUGCUGAUACCCAUGUUUUCCACCCUGGGUUAGGAAAGUCUUUUUUUUCGGCACAUAGAUCAAAUGUAGUUCUAGUAUAGGAAAAAUAAUGGAGAGAAAAGAAACACUGCAUGUACAGAGUCAAAAACAGCAAACCUCAGUCAUCAAACCAUCAUUAGUAUAUAACAUGUCUAGAGUAAGAUUUCUGUGUUGUGGAGAUCUUUUCCCACUGUUUUUGGACUGAUAUGAAUAGUUGUGGAGAUACAAAUACAGAAUAAAACUCCCUCUGACUGUGCUUUCCAAUAUUGGAAGAGGACAUUAGAAAACCACAUCCAAAACACCAAAGACAAGCUUGAUAUUCUAUUUUAACUGAAUGUGCAUUUCACACAGCGGUGCAUCGACUGAACCCUCAAAUUAAAUGAUGUUAUUUUUUAAAAAAUGUCCUGCUGCAAUUUUUCUGUAACAUCGUUCAGUGUUGAACAGCUUUUUUUUUGUGCCUGAAGUGGAAUGUUUGUUCACAAUAUCUGAUUGAGACUGAAGAGAGGCCGUCACUCAUCCUCACACAUUACUGAUUUGAGUGUAAUAAAUGACCAGAAAACAAGUGACUGAACAGAGAGACACGAGCUUUAUUUGUGACUCUGGAAGAAGAAGUGUAAAUGUUACAGAUAAAAAGGGGGGGAGAUACAUUGGAGAUGUAGACUACAUCAUGUGGAAUGUUACAAUUCAAGAGGCUGGUUUACAUUAAAACACAAAGAGACACAGGACAAAUUAUAAAUGGGUGAUAACAUGAAAUAUUGCAUUUGAUCAAGAUAUCUGCUCUGUAAACAGGCACUGAGCAGCGGUAUUAAAUUUAAAACAAUAUAUUCAGUAUUACAAUGACAUUUCACAAAGUUUAUUACUUUAUUUUAUUUGUGCAUGAAAGCAAAUUCCAUUAGGCUGCACAUUUGCCUGGUUACAUCUAUCUGCAAUUGUUCCCCAAAAUGCAACUGUAUUAAGUUGGACCACAGUCACAUCUAAUAGAAAAAGAAAAAAAAAACCACAUAUUGCCUUGCCAGCAGGUAGUAGUAUAUCAUAUUGGUUAUAUCUCUGUGAGACACUGAAGACAUAAU